UCGAGUUGUUUGUGCGACUCGCACAGUGUUUCGAAGCCGCAGCGCGUCUCGUAAAAUCUAUUGACCAUGCGGGAAGUUCAACGAAAAACUAUCGCGGACACCAUCUGAACGCUUAAACAGCUUUGGACUUGUAUAGAAAUGCAUUUUUCGUCAUAAAUCUUGUAAAGCGGGAUUAAGAUAUGGACAGUGGACAAAAACGCAGCAGUAACAAUGGUGAGAAUUUAACUCUCGGGGAUUGUAUCGAGAGAGGCUUCGUGCCUGAUAUUGGUGUCAAUGUGUCCGCUUUAAAUACGUCAAAAGAUUUCUCAAACGGACAGAGCGGUAGUGACGCUCAAAGAAAUCUCUCUCUGGCAGACCCAUCCUUAUUGGGACGUAACACACAAGAACCAGCUGUUAAGGCAUUUAAACCUUUCAGAAUGCAGCACCAGCAAAAGGUAAAAGAGCCCCUCAACAUUGGGGAGAACUUUUCGCUCUUGGACGAGAGCAUUGCAGACUUAAAUCGUGGCUCUAGCAUCCAGGCCCCUGACACUUUUACAAUGAAAAUGGAGCAGUUUUCCCCCAUGGAAAAGGAUAGGCUGGACUUUCCAUCCUAUGGCCACAUGGAUAAGGAAUUGGAUAGUAGUGAGAGAGUGAUUGGUGACAACACCAUUGACAUCCUCAAGGAUCUGGACUUACCUGACUCCCUAUCUGACCUGAAUGAGCUAUACGUUGCUGACGAGGCUGCCUUUCUUUCCUCGUUGGCAGUGGAUGAUGCCCUGCUGGGAGAGAGCAACUUUCUGAAGGAUACCAGCCCUGUUGUCACUGGCAACAGUGCAGCCUGUGCAAAUGUGAACGGCAUGGGGAAACGGCAGCAGAUGGUGGAAGCCAGUGUCAACAUCAAGACCGAGAAAGACGCAGACUUUAUCCAGCUGUGUACGCCGGGUGUCAUCAAACAGGAGACUGAGAGGCGGAGCUACUGUCAGAUGUCAGGGAUGGGUGGUCCUCACAGUGGGCCCACCACUUUGGGAGAGAUGGGCGGACAGGGAUACCACUAUGGAGCCAACACCGCCUCAGCUGUGAGUUUACCAGAUCAGAAACCUCCAUUCGGCCUGUUUUCUCCCCUACCCACCUUAAGUGAUGGUGGGUUCGAGGAAAAUGGAUAUGGAGAUCCGUCUGGGAUGCAGAGAGCCAAUGAGACAGUACUUCCGUCCACCUAUCCAUACAGCAGGGGUAACCAUGGUAACCGCUGUUUCAUUCAGCCCGUCUGCCACUUUUGUUGCUGUCAGUGUUGUAAAUUUGAACCUUUUGAUGGAAAAUAAGAUCAAUUCAGGUAAUAACAUAUCUAGUAUUAUUUUACCCUUUGAUUCAAAGUUUAAUGGGGAUAAUGCUAUUUCUUGCUACUUACACUGUUAAAGAGUUGGAUUCUCAUGAUAAACAUGACCAAAGUUUAAAAAAAUGAGUUGGACCUAUGACAGAGUAUUUCUUUGCCAAAUACAUUACUGUAGGGUCCAUCAACAUCGAUAUGAAGGAUGCAGUACUACUCUAUAGGUAUACUCAAGAAAAAAGUUUUUGUAUAUUUACUGAAGGGAUGGUUGCUGUAUACUAUGGAAGCCUAUUUCCACCACUAAAUAA